AUGAAUGUCACUCUAGCGUGUAGCUCACAAGAUGCCCAUUCCGUGGCAGACAGAGACGAGUUGGAGGAUGUUGCUACAGCUGGAGCAGACGGCAAUGUGCGAUCGUCGUGCUGGGACGCUUCAAUUGUCGAGCGGACGUUUAGCCAACUAUGCGACACCUGCCCCGUGGUUCCGAACCGACUUCCGACAGAGUUGUGGGAGCAGAUAAUCGAUUUCAUUGCGGACUACGGAUUGUACGACAUGGGACGACUUGGCCAAAUGGACAAGAAGAAGAUGUAUCCUCUGAUCAAUACACUGGUCGAGCACCCCGAGCGAUGCAGUGCCAUUAAGACUGUCUGGUUUGAUCUAGGCCAGCCGAUUGGCCUCAUUGGGUCGUUUGCUGUGCGCAUGGUGCAGAAAUUGCCUCGAGUCGAAUUUCUCAGACUCUCGCAUGUCAAAUGGGAGACUGGGAAACUCCAAGCCCAAGUCUUCCUCCAUCUCACUCUCACAUUUGGGUCGGUCACCAGGCUCGAACUCUUCAACGUGACCUUCCCGUCUGCGGUGGUGUUUGGGCCACUUAUGCAAGUUGCAAGUGCGGUGCGAGUGCCAGGCGCCCUCCGACUCGACGCCGCCCAUCUGGAUGACAGCGACGAUGUGUUUGACUUCCUUGCGUCGAUCGGCGCGCACAUUCGGCAUCUCACCUGCUAUGGACGCGACCUGGACAAGCAUUCGGAGCUGCUCGCUGUGAUUUCCGAGUCGCUCUUGUCCCUUGAGAUUUGGUUCAGCAGGUACGAAUUAUUAAUCGAUCUCACUCCCGCUGUCAACUUGCGUGUCUUGUCGUUGAAUGGCAAUCUCGAGGAAAUCGCCAAGGCAGCCAAUCUCUUGUCUCGAGCGGCUUUAUCGAAGCUAGCCGAGGUCACCGUUAAGUCGAGGCUCCUCGUCGACGUCCAGGAUAGAUUGAAUAGCGUCGACAAUGACUGUUUUGUACAGAUGGACCGCAUCUUCUCUGGCAAGCAGUUCCCCACCCUCGUAAAAAUCACCUUUCCCCUGCCUUAUAUCGUGCUCGAGUUUCUCAGCGAGGCAAUAAACGUUACAUCCGAGGCCUCUUGA